AGCAAAUAAAAUUUAGAGUUAAAAUUCAAAUCUAUUCCCAGGAAGAAUACAGCUUACAAGUUUGAGACUAAGUUUGACAGAAGUCUGCGAUUGGAUCAUGACUGUGGGGCCAGAGGUGGACAUGUCAUAUUUACGUAAGCAAGCCCGACAACUUGAAAAUGAGCUGGAUCUUAAACUGGUAUCGUUCAGUAAGCUUGGCACAAGCUACACACAGCGGGAGUUCACAAGCUCAGCCAAGGAGAAAGGGAAAGAUAGUGACAGUUCCCCUCUCCUGAACAAGUCCAGUAGCGAGCACAUGUUUGACACCAUGGGCAUGGAGAUAGAGCAGCUUCUGGCACGGCUGACAGAGACAAAUGACAAGAUGGCUGAAUACUCGCAGAGCAUCAGUCUGACAGCACCAAAUGCUGCCUUACUGCAUACGCUACAGCGACACAGGGACAUCUUGCAGGACUACUCACAUGAGUUCCAGAAGACGAAGGCGAAUAUCGCUGCACUCCAAGAGAGAGAGGACUUACUGGGAUCUGUAAGGAGAGACAUCAAUGCAUACAAGAACUCCUCUGGACUCAACAGACGCACAGAGUUGUAUCUCAAAGAACAUGAACAUAUUAGGAACUCAGAAAGAUUAGUGGAUGAACAGAUUAGCAUUGCCAUGGCAACUAAGGAAAACCUACAGGCCCAGAAGGGAUUUUUAGGGACGAUAUCUCAAAAAGUGAACGCCAUCUCAAAUAGGUUUCCGGUGAUUAACAGUCUGAUGCAGAGGAUCAACAUUCGAAAACGGCGAGACUCCAUCAUCUUAGGCGGUGUGAUAGCCAGCUGUAUUAUCCUGCUGCUGUUGUAUGCAUUCCAUUGACAGAGGAUACCAACAACAACAACAGAACUGAAUUCUGACCUUGACAUUGUGAUAUUUCUUCUGAUACACACUCACGCACAUGAUGGUGCAUUUUGUAGCAUGUGGCUGGAAGGUCAUUUCUCGUUCUGCUGUGAUGAUCAGAUGUUACAGUUAUCUCUCCGUUGGCUGAUCAGCUGGUAAUGCCAAAGGUGUUCAUGCAUGUGGAAUUGACGUUUGCCUGCAUUAAGCAGAAAACCAUGCAGUACUUGAUCCACAGCAGUCAGUUCGUUCGUGGAUUCCAGUGCAAUGUUUCUUCUUUAACUCCUAAAUUCCAGCAUUUUUUUUUUCUUUCUUUUUUGUGGUGGGGGCGGUGGGCUGUGUUUUUUAUUUUAAGCCAGAGAAGUAGUAUCAGCUCUCACAUAAAAACAGCCCACUUCUCACAAACCACAGCCUACAUUCUCACAAUUCUGUUGAUGUGGGUACAGUACAAUUCUCAUUCAGGAUCCACUGCUUCCAUUUCUCCUGGGAGGAAGAAGGUAAUAGUGCUCUUGUGUAGUGGUGCAUGAAGUUGGCCGAAUGUCAUACCACUUGAUGUGUCAAACACAUGGACAAGUUCACCUGCACAGCUUGCCAAAGGCUGGUGGUUUAUUACGGGCACGCUGGUUUCCUACAUUCGUAAGGACGGAGAAAAUAUGCUUGUGGUCAAUUCUCAACAAUCAAAAGUAAAAGACUGAAAAAAUUUGCUAAAUCUGCUUUCUACAACUUUCCUUGGAAAUAUCACCUUUUUGUGACUUAACAUCUAGGCACCAUCAGUUCUAGAAAUGUCUGAAAAAAAAAAUGCUUUCUAACAUCAAAAAGAAAAUAUAUAAAAUAAGUGAUGGUCCACAGUUUUGUGAAGAUGGCCAAAGCCAGAUUGAGCAGACUUUUUUACUGGACCAGAGACCAUGUGGGCUAAACUCAAGAGCUCACUUCCAUCUAUUUUGGAAGAGCAAUGCAUCAUUGUGCUCUUAGUAACUAUGUAGAGAAAGAGAACAAUUUGAAUUCCUGGCUUCAUCAAAGUGUUGAAGGAGUUGCCUGAUGUGAGCAGUGGUCAUGUGUGUAAAAAGAUACCUAGGGCUGAUGCCACAAAGCCAUUUCUGACUUGCAUGUAAUGGGAUACAGAAUCAACGCUAAUUGGCUGACAGUGCAGAUGGGAUUUCCUGGGUUAUAGCUUAAAUCUGCCAUUUCUAAAAUUCAUACUAAAUUUGGUGAGGGAGAGACACCAUCACAGGGAAGUCUUACAGCAGACAUUAAUCAGGGAUUCUGUACUGUAUCCCUUUGAAUCAAAACUUGAAAUAUGAUUUCAGGCAUUAUUUUUGGGCCUUCGAAAAAAAAAAGCAUUGACCACACCAUAAAUGUUACGUUACUAAAGACUAAUGUAUCAAUAUUUCAACAUCAAGUACCCAAAACAUGCCUUUGAUAUUGGGUAUUAAAAUUAGGAAUGGCUGUGUGGAAACGACCUCUAGUCUUCGCUAGAACCAUCAACUUCCAUCAUGAAACUUAUACUUACAUUUUAUUUAUAUAAAGGUGAAAUAUUGGAUUUUUAGAUAGGUUUGUAUAUAGAAAAUUUGGUAUUUCACGCUGUAUAUUAAUCUGACAUUACCUUUAUCUCAUCUGAUCACACUGACUUUUUACCUGUAGGACUACCAUGUUUCGUAGGUAAGGAUUCUGAGAAAAGUUGAGAUAGACACAGAACGUUGGACUGUAAAGCAUUUUCUUUUCAGAAAUGAUGCAUUUGAACUAAUGAAACUUUAAUUAAUGUUAAAUGUAACAUGAUCAAGCCAUAUGUUAUGGUAAUGAAACUCCCAUCUGAAUAGCCUUCCAUACAUGUAUGUAUAUCUAUAUCUCAUGAAACUGUACCUUGUUUUCUUCAGUGGGUACACCGAAGUGUUUCAAUGAAAACAUGUAAAAAUCUGGUGACAAUUUGAAUAAUGACUCAAUUUAAUUACCAUAAUAACACAAUUUAAUUACCAUGGGUUUUUUGUUAAUCAUUACCAUCAUUUUUUAUCACACUGUACAUGAAAAUUUGCUUAAUAUCAAAGUUUGCAAAUGUGCUGGAAAAUUUCAGCUCAAACAUGGUGAUAAAAUUUUGAUUUUUCGUUUAAAGCCUCUGUUGUCAUAAUCAUGAUUGUAGAGCAAUACAACCGUCAAAAAGUUUACUGCAAAAUUCAAUUGUUUCAGAAUACAUCACUUGCAAAUACUUAGCGUAUGGCUACUACCCUCUCUCUACUGCACUCAAAUACCCCUAAAAAGACACGACAAAAUUAAAACUUCAUCACAUUACACAUGUAUAUGCUACUCACACGAUUUCCUCACUUUUCCUUUGUUGUGAUUUGGUUUGUACAUAUGUUAUUAGACCUGUCAGAUUUUCAUGGUUGGUUUGUUGGGCUUGGAUAAAAUGACAGGAUGUCCUUCUUCAUGCCAUGGUUAUAAAAUGCUGGUCAUGUGUGCUGGAAAAUUACCACAGGUAUGGAAGGAGGAAAUUCAAUAGAAAUCUAACAUAUUAGCCUCAAACUUUGAAAAUGUACAGUUAUCUUUUAGACAGCCAGUUCUGAAGUGACCACUUAGCUGACACGCAAAACAACCUUCCCUAAAAGUAUUUGAAUGUGAUUCUGCAGAAGGAGAGAGCAUGUCCAGCUCUUUUUUGCAGAGCGCUGUCUGUCUGUUAGUAAGGUGGUAAUAAAAAUGUUCAGGUGAACCUCCGUAAUGUCAGUAUGAAAGGUGUAAUAAGUUGUUAUCCACCCGUCUACAUCAUGCCAAUGUUAAUUUAUGUACUUACUGUAUAUAUUUGUUUCAUCCAAGUGUAAUUCAAGUGGGAUCAGAGCACUAUUUAAAGAGGGGAUGUGAAUAUUUGGGGAUAUAGGCUACCAGGUGUAUUAUAUUCAUUGUAAAUAGUCACAUGAAUAAUAAAAAUAGUACAAAAUGUUUGAAA